AAUAAUGGGAGAUCAAAUCGAAUUGGUGCGGAAUGGCGGUAACCACAGGGAUUCCGAUGUUCAACGCCAUCAUUUAAGACCCCAAUUAAGCAAACAGAGCACUUUGGGCCCAGGGCCUCAUGGUGAGUUUUUUUCGAAAUUUUUUUUUUGGGAUUUCAGAAAAUUUUUUUGUACUAGUCGACGCAGAAUUUAAUUUUCUACAACUUUUUCAACUACAAUUUUUACGAAAAUUUAUGUGGAAAAAGUUACAUGUGGCAAAAGAUUGCUAGUUUUUCCCCCUCCCGUCAGUUUCCUGUUUGCCCUCCCGAGUGUCACUUUGCUGUGCAGUCAUGUCCGAGUGGUUAAGGAGAUUGACUAGAAAUCAAUUGGGCUCUGCCCGCGUAGGUUCGAAUCCUGCUGACUGCGUUACGUUUUUUGCUUCUCUUGGAAGUAGAGAAUUGCUUUAAAAAUUAGAUUUUCGGGGUAUAAGUCGAUUUUUUUUUUGAAAAAAAAUCAUUGACUAGUUUGAAUUCUUCAUGUUUUGUUAGUCUAAGCUUAGCAGAACCUUUAUUUUAGCAAGAAGCUCUGAAAUUAUUUAAAUAUCAGUGUUUGCGUACUUCUGGGGGUACAGUAACCCGCGAAAUUUCAAAAUUGAGCUAGAAGGUUCUAGUUUUUGAGCUUCAGACUAAAAUUUUACGAGGAAUUCGAAUUUUUAAUUAAAACUUGAAAAUUUUCACUUCCCGACAGGGGAAAACCGGGCACUUUCGAAGAUGAUCAUUAAUCAAGAAACAAAAAAAAAAUUUGCUCGAGUCUAACCAAUUGAAAAAUCGCUACACAUUUGUUGGAUGACAAUGCAAAUAUUUGACCAUUCUCUCAAUCCCAAGUCUCUUCCUCAUUUUGCCGCAUUUUUUUGUUCAUUUAUUCUCUGAUUUCUUACCCUGACGAGCGAGAUCAUGGGUUCAGAUAAGGAAAAUGGAAAUUUGGUUCAAAAGAUGAAAAUCACGCUUGGCACCGACCAAGACCCGUACAACAAGGAGGAGCUGGUGAACACGUUGAAAGGUCGCGAACUGGGAUUCUUUGUCAUUUUCUACAUUUUUGCUGUUAUGUGCAUUGUGAUGGCGUUCGAGUUCUUUAAACCAAUAAUUUUCACCGAUAAUUACCCGAAUUAAUUUGAAAAGCUUGAAAAAAAAAAUGUUUUGCUGAAAAAACGGGUGUAUUUUAUAUAUUUUUCCAACAAUAAAGUUGCAUAUUUAUCUUAAA